GGCAGAUUAACUUAGUAGUUAUAAAUAAAAGAACAGUAGUUCAAAUAGGAAAUCAAGCAUUGAAUAAGGCAUUCAACCAACCUGAUAAUAUAAUAGUCAAAUUAAGAGCUGUAGAAGUAAAAGAAAAGCUUUGGGAUUUGCAAUAUAGAACAAUUAGAAAAAGAAAUAUGACUAUAGAUGAAUUAUAUAGAAAAUUAUUACAAAUAGGUAGACAAGCUAACUAUAGGCCCAAAGAAUUAUGUAAUAAGUUCUUAAAUACUCUUUCUAUUUUAUGGCUUAAAAAAGCUAAGAAUAUCAGUGAAUAUUUGCUAUUAGAUAAAUUAGCUAAAAAGCUUUAUGAGAUAGAGUUAUAA